AGUGUUUCUGUACCCACGGAGUGUUUCUGUACCCACGGAGUGUUUCUGUACCCACAGAGCUUUCCUGCGAGCAUAUCCUCGGCUCCCAUCGGGCGCAGCCGACGGAUGAUGGGGCGUCUGGGUGUCCGGCGCGGCCUGGAGUGGUUGCUGGGCUUCUACUUCCUCUCCCACAUCCCCGUCACCCUGCUCGUGGAUAUGCAGGCAUUGCUGCCACCCGAUCUCUACCCCGUCGAGCUGAGAAACCUGUGCAAGUGGUAUACCCAGGAGUUCAAAGACACUCUGCUCCAGAGCCCCCCAGCGUGGUUUAAGGCCUUCCUGUUUUGCGAGCUUGUGUUUCAGCUGCCUUUCUUUCCCUUUGCAACAUAUGCCUUUUUCAAAGGAGGCUGCAAGUGGAUCCGCACCCCUGCAAUCAUCUACUCAGUUCACACCAUGACUACUCUGAUUCCAAUCCUCUCUACAUUUCUGUUCGAGGAUUUCUCCAAAGCCAGUUGUUUCAAAGGACAAGGACCUACGACUUUCCACGAACGACUAUUCCUUCUGUCUGUUUACAUCCCCUACUUUCUCAUCCCUCUCGUGCUUCUGCUUUUCAUGUUGCGGAACCCCUACUACAAGUCUGAGGAGAAAAGAAAGAAAAAAUGAGAGAAAUAACCAUGGGCCCAGCGGAAAAGUGCCCAGAGGGCGGUUUCCUGUUGGACCCAGUAUCAGAAAACCUGUUCAGAACCCAUGUUUUCAGUAGUAUUUGAAACACACCAGCAGCAACACACAUGAGCAGGACACUGGCGGGGGGCACAUCAAACCUUCACCUUCCAAGGGCGCUGGCACAGACUCAUCACCUGAGGAUGGGCAGAGGGCUGUGGGCUAGGGUAUAGGGAAGUGCCAAAGCCCUCACCGUGUCCCUGUGCUCCACUGCAGGAAUACUAAAAGCAGGAGAGACCAGGAACUAGAUAAACUUCCAAGAAACAUAUUUGGCAUCUUUGGCGUGUUCAUGAGUCACGUGACCCACAGUACAUGUGCGACUAAGCCUUUGACUCACAAUUUGCCUCAGCACAGCACUGAUCAGCAAAAUGAAUAGUGGGACACCGCGGGCCAUUUGUAGGUUUGCAAUUAUGGUUCCGUAAUAUUCACUAAAAACUUCCUUGCCCCCAGCCCUAGGUGGGGGGAGAUACCCUAUAAGCGGUUGAAACUUAGCUUUCCUUAAAGUUCCUACCUGGCAUGACUUUCAGAAGUGGGUCAAGCUGGAAGCUGUAUUGUUUCUCUCUUAAACAGGUCGUCCCAGAAGAGGUUCUUGUAGUCUCCUAGUUUCUCCUCUUUCCAUACCUUAUUCUAUUACUUUUUACAGACCACCGAACAUUAAGUUCCUUUAUUUCUGGUGUCUCAGACCUGAGCUGGAGUUGUGCUUCGUACGGGGUAACUUGAGCUCACCUCAUAGUUGAGUAGUUCCUUCCCGUCUUGUUCUCGGAGGGGACGGGGACGGUGGCUGGGCAUGGCAGCUGCAGCGCGUGCACACAGGUUCUCCUCACAUGCCAGGACCGGGCAUUCUGGUAGCUUGCUUUAUGCUCGAGGCCAACUUAAAAGACUUGUGAACACACAUGGGUAAUGGUACACACUGGUCCUGGUUAGCCCCCCCUUUUUGCCUGUUUUGCUGACAAGCCCUAAUGGUCUGAUUGUUGGGAGUAUUGUCUGAUUUGUGUGUCUGGUCCAAAUAAAAGUAGGUGCUGACCA